GUGAACGCAGAGGGAGGGGGGCAGAGAGAGAGGACAGUGAGAAGAGAGGGAGUGGAAAAAGACAGCGUGAGAGCUGCUGUGGAUCAGAAAUAAAGUCGGGCAACUAUCCGGAGCAGCAUGACUCUUCUAACACUUGGACUGUAUCUGCCAUUGUGGUUUUGUUAUGGCCUGGCUCAGCCUUCUUUUCUGGACAACUUUGAUUCAUUCCCAGCAGCUCUCAGAUCACCGGAUCAGCAGAAGAGGUUCAACCCAUGCUGUUUAGUGAGUCCGCCUCCACCACCACUGUUUCCUCCACCCCCUUCACUUUGGCGCCUCUACCCUCAUAGUGAUGGAAAUUCCCGUGGUGGUCGCGAGUCUGAUGUGGACAAUAACAAUAAAGUUUCUUCUUGCCCAGCAGGCCCUCCGGGGCCUCCUGGCCCCCCAGGACCUCAGGGUCCCCCUGGAUUACCUGGGAUAGCAGGGCCUAAAGGAGAAAAGGGAGAAAUAGGAAGACCUGGUCAAAAGGGUCGGACAGGCCCUCCUGGACUUCCUGGGAAAAGAGGACCAACAGGAUGGUCAGGACCAAGUGGGGCCAAAGGGGAGAAAGGUGACCCGGGGCUGAUGGGUUUGCCUGGAUCCAGAGGACCAAUUGGGCCGAGGGGCUUACCUGGGUAUAAAGGGGAAAAGGGUUCCCGAGGUGACCGUGGCGAGAAUGGGAUGAAAGGAGACAAGGGUGCAAUGGGUUUCCCAGGAAUGCUUGGACAAAAAGGUGAAAUGGGUCCAAAAGGAGAACCUGGAACCUCAGGAAACAGAGGACCCACUGGCCGACCGGGAAAGAGAGGCAAGCAGGGACUGAAAGGAGACACAGGAAGCGUUGGUCCUAUAGGGCCAGCAGGCCCACAGGGACCUCCAGGCCACCCCGGCCCUCCUGGUCCACCUGCAACAGGAGUCUACAUGGUUGGAGCAAAGGGUGCGCGCGGUCCACCAGGGCCUCCUGGAAAGUGUAGCUGCAGCUCUUUGAGUAGUCCUCCAUUUGAAAAUUAUGCCUCUACAGGAAAUUAUCUCAAAGUGCCAGCGAUAUUUGUGGUGAGCAAUGAGGAGGAACUGGAGCGCCUCCGCACAGAUAACGCUCUUGCAUUCCGUAAAGACCAGAGAUCUCUCUAUUUCAAAGACAUUGAUGGCUGGCUGCCAAUCCAGACCUUUCCAUUCCAGAUCACACCCUACCAGUCCAUGGAAAAUGCCCCCGAUGAUGAAGGUUACUGUGGGGACGGCAUAGUGCAGAUCUCCACCGGGGAGGAGUGUGAUGACAAAAACAGAGUUGUCACCGAUGGCUGCGUCAAGUGUAAACAUGCCUACUGUGGAGACGGAUACCGCUAUGAAGGGGCUGAGGAGUGUGAUGGAAAAGACUUUGGAUACCAGACAUGUAAUUCAUAUCUUCCAGGGUCAUAUGGUCACCUCAAGUGCACAAGAUACUGUACUAUUGACUCAACAAACUGCAAGUACUUUACUUGAGGAGUUGUCUGGACAGUGCUGUGGCUCCUCUGUGUGUUAUUUGCUUGGAACUUAACAUGUAAAAAAAAAAGAAGAAAAAAAAAGAAAAGACAACAAUGCUCCAAGCAAAAACACGGAGGCUGCCAGUGAUUCUGUUAUGAAAGAAAGAACAAAACCUAGAAAUAUACAAACAUACAUAAAACUCAUCUGUAUUGCUGCUGAGAUGCCACAUAUCCCGGAGGUUAUAGCUUGAGUCUUUGAAGGUGAAAAUCCGCACACUGGAAAUGCAAAGGAAGACUGCACGCUGUCUUAACGAGAAGGAUUUGGACUGGCUUCCUCAACAUGCCCAACUGGACCCGAACCAGCCUUUCAACGCAACAGUUGAGAGCCUCAAUCGCGUACCAGUGGACGAUGUUGCAGAGAAGCAGUAGCUGGAACAGAGGCAUAUUAAUCUUGACCCAGUUACUGUUGAGAAUAACAAGCAGUAGGACAUCCAGAGCGAUGGCCCGAGGUAUUCUACUGCAGUGUGAAUGACAGUGCACAGCAUUUGCAUGUAUCUGGGAUUACUAAAACCACGACAGCAGCUGUCACUAUCAAAGCAUGUAACCUAUCAGUUUACUUAUUACUGUCAAAACAACUUUCGUACUGUGUCCUCUCACUACCACGUCGAGAUACAAAGGUAGGGACGGAGAUAGAGGUGGUUAUAGUGCACUACAUACUGUAUAUAUAGCGAGUUAUGCACUUGUAAUCUUUGAGUGAGACUGUUACUCCAGGAGGCUUGAAGCCUAGAAGUUGACCCAGCUUUGUUAGCUUGUGGUGGUACUGUACUGACAGGGACAUUUAGUCUGGACAAGGUUUCAAUAAAUCCCCAAAUCUUCUCAGGAACUAGCUAACAGGUAAUGUAGCUCAACAAACAAAGCACCUUUUACAGGUAUCCUCUACUGCUCUUUAUAAAUUACGCGGCAGUGACUGUACACUGAGGCAACUCAAGCAAAAGCUUUAACGCAUCAACAAUGCGCAGUACUGCAGGAUUCAGUUUCCCCUCCUGUGCUGCAGUGAGAAAUGAAAUAUACUGUACACGAAGGCUUGAAACUGCUAUGUCCUUAAUUUUCUCGGUGCACGGGAAGGGCUGGACUAGUCUGUAGCUGCUAAAGGGGGGAGGGAGAGGAACUCAUAUCGCAGUCAGUUUUCUGAUCAUUACUGUACAUACUCUGAUACCUCUUUAUCCAGUCUUUCUGUCUUACAGUAUAUACAGCAACAGUAAACUUAACAGUGUAGGUGUAGUCCGCUGUGUGUUGGGCACAAACGCUGAAAAUGACUGUGCUGAUAUAAGCUGACAUUUUCCAUAAGCUACUCUUUGAGUCGCGGUGCCAAGGGAGACCUUUUCUCAGACAUACCUAGAUGUAGUCAGGUCUAUAAAGCCUACAAAAGCAAUCAAAAGAUGAAGACUGUUAAUAUAUUGUGUCCGCAUGCUUGUGAAACUCUGCUAAUGCUUCACCUUUGUCAAAUACCGUUUUGUAAAUCAUCAUUGCAUUCAUCAGCAUAGCAGGUGUCUUAAGAACUGUCAGUCUUGCUCUGUUCAGAGAGAAGCAAAGCACUGUAUGAAUGACAAACAUUAAAGUUAUGAACUGUGCCAUGCACAAAGCUCGAGUACCGUUCUGGAAACUAUGUUGAGUGUCGUGUCUGUGGCCUGUGCUGCUGUGUUCUAUCUUAGACUGCCUAUGUACAGCAAUGCUGAAACGUGCAUGUGGUGACGUGCUGUAAGGCUUUAUGAAGCGUAGCAAGCAUUGUGACUGGGGUAGUUCAUUUUGUUUUAAUACUCUAUGAUUUUUACAGUAGUUGUGAACUAUUUAAAAAAUGAUCAAAUAAAAGUGAUAUUUAAGUCACUCUCUUUAUUUAAACUUAAACCUUGGUUAGCGGUUUGUCAUGUCUGCUGUUAUUGGAAAAAGCACACACACAAAAAACCCAAACCUAAAUGGCAUUGAUGGAGAGGCUAUUGAUGUUCUCUUAGGAUACAACACUCAGACAAAAAAGUAAGGGGGGCAUCAAAGUAUCGCAGCAGUCAGCCGUUUGCUGAGUGCUGCGUUAGUCUAAAUGCAAAGCAGACCACACAGUGAACUCUUGCUGUUUCUCAGACGUGGCAAUGGGUUUUUCGGCUUUUUAUUCCAUCUUAAUGAAGCCUUUCAGAGCUGAAUCUGUGCCUGGAGAUGAGGCACGGUGAUACAGGUUGGGGAUAGACCAGCCGGCCACUGUUGCAACCAAGAUGUUUGAAGCAGGAUGAGACCAUAUAACUGUAUUAGCAUGCUGUAUUCCUCUUCUAAAUCACAUCAGGGCAAUUUGUCUACCGAGAUGCCAGAGUAAAACCUUACCUUGGUGUAUUUAUGCCAUCAUGUGCAGUGCCCUGACCGGGGCAAUCACAUUUGUCAAACAAAUGUCCCAGUGUGGCACUAAAUGUUACUGAAAUUCAAGGGCUGACCUGAUUUUACUGGCUCUGUAAUGAAAAGAUGAGCUGUGGUCACAGAAGAAUCCCUCAAGUGAAGUUUACCAUUUGUGAAGUAAGGUCAAAUUAACUUAUGAGCUGUAUCCCAUGCAUUUUAUUAACUUAUUCAUGUAGUGUAACUUAUAGCAAGCUUGGUCUAUGUUCAGCUCACAUAGGUAUUAAAAUGAUACCUAUGGAAAAAUGACACUCUUUUUUUCCACUACAAGGUUAUUUUAGUGUAGAUUGACUGGUGUAGCAUUACAGCUGUGGUACAUGGGGCGAUGCAAAGGAAACCACAGGACAGGAAGCUGGCAGAGACCCAACUGCUUCACCUAAGCCAAGUGAAAAUCCCUGACCUAUAGAUAAGAAUUGCUGGUAUCCUGGGUGCAGUGGUGCUAAUUAAUGCACAUGCAAAAUAAUCACUUGAAACAGAAAAUGAUAUACAGAAGUAUUAUUUAAGAUUGG